UUAAAGAUGCGAGAAUGUAAUGAGCAUUUUUUUAGUGCAUCUGUGAAAGGCGAAUGGCGAGAACGCGAUGUUUCGCACAUAGCUAUGUAAAGUACAUGUAUCACCCUAAACAUAAAAUAUUAAGUUUAAACAUGAAGUAUUAUCUGCAUAAACAUACUAAAAAUCACCUUGAUAUAUUUAUAGGACACGCUUGAAUGCGAAGAUACACUAUCUGUGCACAACGUACAGGUACAAAUAUUUUAAAUUUCAAACUUUUAUUUGUCAGAAGGAUUAACGAGUUAAGAUGUCAGAAAAAGCACCGUACCUGCGAUUCCAGCAUAAGAUUGCAAUAGUAACAGGUGGUUGUGACGGUGUUGGGAGGGGAUGUGUAGAUGUUUUAGCUGCAAAUGGUGGGACGGUGGUCGUUUUCGACAUAAAUGACGAAACUGGGUCAAAGUUGGUAUCGGAAGGACCAGGGAAGAUAAUCUAUAUUCACUGUGAUAUGACAAAGGAAAAUGAAAUAAAGAAAUCAAUUGAAGAAACUGUGAAACGUUGCGGCAAAAUAGACUGCCUCGUAAAUAACGUUGGAUCACAUCCCGGGGCAAUGGCGGUAGAUGAUAUAUCAGUUCAAGGCUUUCGAGAUUUACUUGAAAUUAAUCUUGUAAGCACCUUUACUGCCAGCAAGUAUGCACUUCCGUACCUUAGAGAAUCAAAGGGAUGUAUAGUGAACAUCUCGAGUAAUGCAGCAUCAGCAGCCUUCAAAAACUCUUCAACCUACUGUGCUUGCAAGGGAGGUGUAUCAUCGUUAACAAGAGCUUUGGCCAUUGACGAGGCAAAAUACGGUGUUAGAGUUAACUCAAUUGCUCCUGGACCUGUGGAUACAAGAUUAGUUAAAGCACUUAUGCCUGUAGAAGAGAGAGAAUUUCUUGCUAAGUGCAAUAACAUGAACCGGUUUGCUCAGCCUCGUGAAAUCGGGUUGACAUGUCUAUAUCUUGCCGUGGAUGCUACCUUUACGACGGGAGAAGAAAUUAUGUGUACUGGUGGUGCUGAAGUCGGUUAUGGUGUGAAGGGCGGUGGUCUCCUGGUUUGAACCAGAACAGAACAAUAAUAUAUUAUGAUAGCUGAAUGAAAUGAUUGAUUUCGCAGUAGUUGAGUGGGUCAAUGAGCCGUGCAUUUUGGUCUUUUAUUAAAAGAUAUAACUUAUAA